AUGUGCAUGCUCCAGAUGGAGUCUCGGGGAUUUAAAGGUCAUGUCUUCAAUCUCAAAUCAUUCUGCCCUUUCGACUCUAGGCCAGAAAUUCACUUCUCCUACUAUCUAAACAAAAAACCCGGAAAGCCAAAAUGUUCUUACUGCAAAAGUGCAGUUGCCGCAACUGCCAUUGCGCUUGGUGCAAUGAUCACUGAAGGCCUCGCUGCCAGUGUUAUCACUGUCACUCCAGAUUCGGAGAUGCCACCACCAACUCUAUUUGACUUUGACAAUGAUGGAGUUGCAGGAGAUCUCUACCGCUCAGUAACCAAUGGUACCAACUCCCGCAUUGCUGUCUACGUGAUGCACGCAGAGAGCGACUACAUGACAUUCUCCGCCUGUCGAGAGUUCCCACGUCGAGGUUUCACCGUUUUCUGCGGGAACAAUGCCGCUGACAAGAUCGGUGUGAUGUCGAGCAUUUACUUCGAAGAUGAGCUCACCCAAGCCGACAUUGGUAUGCAAUACCUGCGUAACCUGACGGAUAUCGACAAGGUCGUCCUCUUCGGCCACAGUGGUGGCGGCGCUUUGAUGGCUGCCUUCCAAAACGUUGCUGAGAACGGUAUUUCUGCAUGUCAGGGACCAGAGAAGCUAUAUAACUGCACCAGUGCAGUAGCCGGUCUUCACCCAGCUGAUGGAGUCAUGCUCUUGGAUGCCAACUUUGGCCUUGGAACUAUGCCAUUCCUUAGCCUGAACCCUGCUCUCGAGGGUCUCCAUGGGAUGACAAUCAAUGAGAGUCUUAACUUGUUCAAUCCUGCCAAUGGAUUCAUCAAGGGUAACAGCUCGAGAUAUACGUCCAAGUUCAAGAAGGCGUACCUGCAUGGUGUUGUUGCCCGAAAUGACUUCAUCAUCAAAUACGCACAGGAACGUUUGGCUGCCCUGAACGCGAACGAAACCGGCUUGAUCGACGAUGAACCACUGUAUAUCACUGAUUCUGCUUACGGAGUGAUGAACAACAAAUUCUUCUCUCAGGAUACCAGAUUCCUCGCUCAUACCUCCAAGGCCUGGCCUCUUCUCCACAAGGAUGGCUCGAUCACUACCCAGGUUGUUCCCUCGGUGCGCGUUCCCGUAAACUUUGAAAGCUACGCAAACCAGUACAUCCAGGGAGCAUUGAAAACCACUGUCCGGAGAUAUCUUUCGACUUUCGCUAUCCGUGCGACAUCUGAUUUCGAUAUCACGCCUACCGGUCUGCAUGGAAUUGACCACGCCUCAUCUCAAUUCUCGCCGACGGAGUCCAUCAAGGGUGCUCACGCUCCUUUGUUGAAUAUGGGUAUGACUGGUCACUGGGAGUACUUGAACCAGGAAAAGAUCCAUCUCAAUGCCCCCGGUAAUGAUACCUCUAUUGUAUUUGUUGAGGGAGCUGAGCACAAGAUUGGAACGUGCAAGCCUUGCGAGUCUUAUCCCGGUCAAUACGAAGACACGAUGAAGACCGCAUACAACUACAUUGAGGAAUGGUUGACGAAGCCAGGACGAUUUUUCAACUAA